AUGGAUCCUAGCGUCCGAUCAAUGAAUGAAGAUCCGAAAAUACUUUUCAAGCGUCCCAUCGAUAUCACGGAAGAUCUCAGUACAAGCAUCACUUUCUAUUGUGAUUUUGUAUGUGAGAAUCUAACUCAGAGUAUGAUCAAUCACUCACUGGCUCUUUUGCGACAAUAUCAUCCUUAUUUUCGUUUGCAUACCGACAAAGUAAACGAUACAAUAUGGCUCGUUGAAGAAGAGUCCGGAAGUAUUCCAUUGGUAUGGUUUGAAGGAAUUUUGGACAACUGGGAAGAAGAAGUUAAUCGUCUUGCAAACCAAUCAUUUGAUCAUAAUACAUCUCUGACUUUUCUUCAAUGUCACUAUAAUAAUCGCGGUCGAUACCAGCUUUUUGGUGUCGUCAAUCAUAUAGCAUUGGAUGGUUUGGGUUUUAUGAGAGCACUUCACACGCUUUUCAGCUAUCUGGGUGAGAUAAGUCAAUGUGAAACUUAUUCAACGAUUUUACCACGAGAGCAACGAUCGUUUAUUGAUGUAUUUGCACGAAAUCCGAUAGAUAAAGCACCUUGCUUUAAUUUCAAUCAUAAUUACUUAACACCACAAGAAAUGGAUGCAGAUACCGAUGAAAUUCAAUCGGUGGUGUCAUCUUCAUCUGGGCAAACGAUAGGUUUAUUCAAAAAAUUUGAUCAGUUAACCACAACGAAACUAGUAACUAAUGCCAAAGCUCAUUCAACGACAGUUCAAGGAGUUUUGAGUAUUGCUGCUCUAAUCACAUCGAUCUGGAUUCGAAAAUCACGCCCUCAACUCCCAAUCUGGUCAUUGAACUGGUGUGCGACUAAUCUUCGUCAAUCUGCUCGACCUCCUAUCGAUCCUGAAGAUUGUAUUCAAGCAUCGGCACCAUUGGCUUGGGAGCAAAACAUCGAACCGCAUUCAUCUUUAUGGUCUCUUGCUGAAGACGCAUCGAAACAACUUCACAAACAUAAUCAUCAACAUAUGGGAUGGCAUUUUCUCAAUGCGAAAAAGUUCAAUGUGCCUGUACAACCAGCAAGUCUCAUGACAUCGUCAAAUGGAACUGCCCAACUCCAAACGAAAUAUCAUCGGUUAAGCAUCAACGAUCUACGGAUCAUGACAGCUCAUUAUAACUCGACUCCUCUCGAUGCUUCGUCACAUAUGAAUUAUACGUGUAUUUAUGACGGCUGUCUGAAUUUAGUUACUACAUUUACAUAUCCUGGUUUAAGCAAACAAUGGGGUAGAAGAUUUCAUAAUGGAGUUAUUUACCUAUUGGAAUGUUUUGCAAACGAUGAGAAUUUGAAUGUGUAUUCAAUCAUUGAUAUUUUAGAUAAGAAAGACAAAGAUCUUCAUUCGAGUUCGAUUAUUUCUAUCAUACUAUCAAAACUAAGCAGAAUUAUUGCAUCAGCUACAAAAUUGGCUUUGAUCCCAUGCUCGAUGGUCUUAUCAUCGUUUUUUUUCUAUAUGAUUUUUCAAAAGAACUCUAUUUGA